ACGAGCAUAUACUGAUUAAUUCAGCAAGCAAUUGCAAACCCAAAAAUGUCUUCCCUUUCCAUGUUUGUGAUCUUCAUGACAUUGUCCUCAUCCUUCACGGUGUCAGUCAUUGCUCAUUUAACUCUUUGCAGUGAGCCUUUCUUCCUGGUAAGCUUGAAAAAGAACUUUACAAACUGCAAGAAGUUAGUCACCCUUGAGGCUGAAUUUGCCUGGAAAAUCACCGGUGCUCAUCAGGUAGAAAUUUUCUUCGGCAAAAGACUAUAUGCAGAUAUGGGAUGGCUAGCCUGGGGGGUGAAUCCAGGCAAGAUGCCACAGAUGGUUGGAACCAGGGCAAUCAUAGGUAUUAAAUACUCCAAUGGAUCAACAUUCAUUGGCACCUACUAUAUCACAAGGGACACCAAGAUGGGUUGCAAGCUGCAGCCUAAAAAUUUCAACGAAAUUGCCCAGAAUGAAGUGGAGUUUCACAACAUGUCAAUGGAAUAUAUAACUGAAUUAGACUACAUCACAAUACGGGCUAGAGUGAUUCUUCCACCUGCUGCAUACAACAUUACAAUGUUGAACCAUGUCUGGCAAAUUGGGUAUGGGGCAGAAGGCACGGAGCCUAAGCAGCAUCCCACAUUUCUGCAGAAUGUUGAUAGUACAGAGACAAUAGACUUGAGGACUGGAAGGAGUCGUCAAGCUGGCAAGCGUAUAUAUUACAUGCGAUCAGUGCAUGGCAUCUUAAGCAUUGUGGGAUGGGGAACUUUCCUUCCAUUUGGAGUAAUCAUUGCGAGAUAUUUCAAAUAUCCACUGGAAACUUUUCGGUACUGUCGAUUUCGUAUUCAUGUUUCCUGUCAAAUUGCUGGCUAUAUUAUUGGAACUUUAGGGUGGAUCCUUGGAUUGUAUCUUGGAAAUCUCUCCAAAUUCUAUGUCUUCGAAACCCACCGGCUUUAUUCCAUUUUCAUUUUUGCAUUUACAACAUUACAGAUGUUGGCGUUACGUUUAAGACCGCGGAAGGAGGAUGAUUACAGGAAAUACUGGAAUAUGUACCAUCAUUUUCUGGGUUAUGCACUGCUUGCCGUAAUUUCAAUAAACAUAUUUAAUGGAAUUGGUAUUUUGAAGCCGGACAUGACUUGGAGAAAGGCUUACAUGGGAAUCCUUCUUGCUUUUGCGGCCAUUGUCACAGUUCUUGAGAUCUACACUUGGGCAAAAUUUAAAAGCAACGCUAAAACAGCAACUUCUAUACAGGAUGGAACUGCUGCUAUUCCUCUAGCAAUUCCACAACCACGCCCAUGAGAAUGCAACAAUAUUCGCCUAUAUAAGAUCUCUUUAUUCCUUUCUUCCUUUUCCAUCUUAGGAUUGGAUUCACAGUUGUAGCUAUCGGGACUAAUUGCUUUAUUUUGUUUUCUUUCCGCUAAGUUUGAGUUACGAUUGAUAGUUGUACUAUAUAUAAAAUUUAUCAUUCCAAAA